AGUGGAUGCUGGGAAAACAUGGCAGCCUCCUGUCGCUUCUCAAGGUUCUUAUGGAAUCCCCACAAAUGUCGCGUUGUCAAUGUCGCUCGCAGGUGUCUGAGUGUGCAGACAGAACGCGAGGCCGAAGUCCGAUACCUAGAUGGCGAUGCAUCGGGUGUUGCAGUUUUGGCAAUGAACAGGCCCAAGACUAGAAAUGCGAUUGGGAAAAAUAUUUUACAGCUCUUUCAAGAAUCUUUGGAGAAAUUCAAGUUUGACAAAUCUCUGAGGGUUAUUAUUUUAAAAAGUGAUGUUAAGGGAGCUUUCUGUGCAGGAGCUGACUUGAAGGAGAGGGCAGCAAUGAAGGAGGAAGAAGUAGGCCCCUUUGUGGCCAAGUUGAGGAGCACCAUCUUAGAUUUCAUGAACCUUCCUCUCCCUACCAUAGCAGCCAUUGAUGGCACAGCAUUAGGAGGAGGCUUAGAGAUUGCUUUAGGCUGUGACAUUAGGGUAGCAGCUGACUCUGCCAAAAUGGGCCUCACCGAAACAAAACUUGCAAUCAUUCCUGGAGGAGGUGGCACUCAGAACCUAGCCAGAGUGUGUGGUCCCUCUGUGGCCAAGGAGUUGAUUUUUACGGCGCGGGCUCUGGAUGGGGUGGAAGCACAUAGGAUGGGAGUAGUGAACCACGUCGUAGAACAGAAUGAUGACGGGGAUGCAGCUUAUUUAAAAGCUCUGCAGCUGGCUAAGGAGAUAGCACCACAGGGUCCAAUAGCGCUAAGGAUGGCCAAGUUGGCAAUUAACAAAGGCUCAGAGGUUGACCUCAUGUCUGGUUUGGCAUUUGAACAGCAGUGUUAUGCUCAGGUUAUUCCCACAAAAGACAGGAUGGAGGGGCUGAUGGCAUUUAAGGAAAAGAGACCACCUCAGUACAAAGGAGAAUAGACUGGAUUCAGCAUUUCAAAAAUCACAAAAAAAAAAAAAAAAGAGUGGCAGAUUUCUUACAAAUAUUUUCUUGUUUUACUCAAAUCCACUUGUUCAAUGUUAUGUGUUGAUGGGAACAUUUGCUGGGCAAAGGUGAAAGAUCAUCAUGUAUAUACGUCAUUCAAUCUAUGGAAAUCAUGUCCAGAUUGGGUUCAUAUUAUUUUUAAAAAAUACGGAACAUAUGCAAAUAGCAGUAAGUGAGGAACACAAUGAAGCAUGCUGGUGUAAGUCUUAGUAUUAAAAAAAUUUGUAUGUGCACAAAAUUUUCUAUGUAUGCCAUCUUAUGGUUCAUGGGUUUUACAUUGUAUGGAAGUUAUACGAUUAUUGACACAAACAUGUUACUUAUACGUAAAUAUUACACAUAAGUCAAAAGAAGUAGAUGUAAUGUUAAGUACGUAUACCCAAAACUGUGUAAAUGCUCAAACUUGGGGAGGCGGGGGAUGAUAGUUCAGUGUAUGUCAGCAUUUAAGAGAAACUGAUACAUCUGUAUACUCUGGCUAAAUCUCCAAGGUGUAUCUGACUUUGAAAUGCCUGUAAACAGGUAUAAAUAUGUGUGCACAGAUUACAGAUUGGCUCAAUUUCAUGCAGCAAACUUGGUUUCUCCAUCAAUAAUCAUGGCACAGUAUUAUUUAUUCCAUAGCAUUAUAGCUCAAUGAUGUGGCAAGACCAUUGUUGAGAUUUUUGAUAUGGUAUCAGCAGAAGUUGGUUGGAGUCGGAGAGGGCUGCCUGUGCCCCCCCC